GAGAAAUACUUCCUAAGAAAAAACCUCUUGCCACUACGAUUGAUAUCAUAUUUUAAGAGUAAUAUAAUUAUUCUUGUGCUUGAACCUGGAUUUCCCAUUUCCUUACGUACUUGAAUAUUCACAGUGCACCGUUUCAAGCUGAAUAUAUAUCUGCCAUGGCUGUACGAUCUUUCUUUUUUGCUCUGCCUUUACUUCUAGUUUUAUCUUCUCAAUUCCUAUCUUCAGCUUCAAAUAGCUUAAGGGAAGACUCAUUUUUAUCAGUGGAGAACACAAAUGAUGUUUUGACUUCACCACAUGGCGCUUUCGUUGCAGGUUUCUUCCCUGUCGGCGAUAAUGCUUACUGCUUUGCUAUAUGGUUCAGUGAACCUUUCUGCAGCAACAACUGCACAGUGGUUUGGAUGGCAAACCGUGACGAACCCGUUAAUGGGAAGCAUUCACACCUAGCUCUGCUAAAAUCUGGAAAUCUUAUCUUAACAGAUGCUGGUCAAGUCACGGUUUGGGCUACCAAUACAGUUUCAGAAUCUUCAGUUCAGUUAUAUCUUCAGGAGAGUGGCAAUCUUGUUUUGCAGAAGUUGGACGGUGCUAUACUAUGGCAGAGUUUUGAUUUUCCGACGAAUACUCUUCUUCCUCUACAACCGAUCACCAAAGAUUGGCAGCUUGUAUCCUCAAGAAGUGAAAGCAACUACAGUUCAGGAUUCUUUAGGCUUUAUUUCGACAACGAUAAUGUUCUUCGCCUUCUUUAUGCUGGUCCUGAAACUUCAAGCAUAUAUUGGCCGGAUCCUGAGCUGUUGAGCUGGGAAGCUGGAAGAUCUACUUACAACAAUAGUAGAAUCGCUUAUUUUGACUCUUUGGGAAAGUUUAGUUCAUCUGAUGAUUUCACCUUUUUCGCUGCUGAUUAUGGAGUGAAACUACAGAGAAGAUUGACGAUAGAUUUUGAUGGUAAUCUUCGUCUGUACAGUCGAAAAGAUGGAAUAGAUUUAUGGACUGUUUCAUGGCAAGCUAUGUCUCAACCGUGCAGGGUUCAUGGGAUCUGUGGACCAAAUAGUGUCUGUAACUAUGUUCCUAGUUCUGGUAGGAAAUGCUCCUGCCUUGAAGGAUUCAAGAUGAAGGAUGUUACUGACUGGUCUUUGGGUUGUGAACCUGAAUACAGUCUUUCUUGUUCAAGAAAUGAAUCCACUUUCCUUGUGCUAACUCAUGUUGAGUUUUACGGGUAUGAUUUUGUGUACUAUCCGAAUUACACCUUCGAUAUGUGUGAAAAUGUUUGCUUACAGAGAUGUGAUUGCAAAGGGUUCCAACUCAAAUUCAUUAAGCAUGAUUAUCCUAGUAACAUUCCUUAUUGUUUCGCAAAAUCCUUGUUGCUAAACGGGCAUCAUUCACCGAGUUUCGAAGGAGAUCUUUAUUUGAAAGUGCCUAAAACAAGUUCCUCCUCCUCUUCAUCUGUUGCAAAGUUCAGCCUAGAUUGCUUCCAAGAAGUUGUCAAGCAGGUUGAUAAAGUCUAUACCAAAAGCCAUGAAAAUGGAUCACUGAAGUUUGUCUUCUGGUUUGCUAUAAUAAUUGGGAUUAUAGAGUUCACUGUUAUUUUCUUAGUAUGGUAUUUCUUGAUAAGAACCCACCAGCAUUCAGGUGUAGUUAGAGCAGGUUACCUUCAGAUUGCAACAGGCUUUCGAAAAUUCAGCUACUCUGAGCUGAAAAAGGCGACUCGAGGUUUCCGUGAAGAGAUUGGAAGAGGAGCGGGAGGAAUUGUAUACAAAGGGAUACUAUCUGAUCAUAGAGUUGCAGCAAUAAAGAGACUGAUUAUCAAUGAAGCUGACCAAGGAGAAGCAGAAUUCCGAGCAGAAGUUAGUGUCAUUGGAAAGCUUAAUCACAUGAACUUGAUAGAAAUGUGGGGAUAUUGUGCAGAAGGAAGUCACAGACUUUUGGUUUACAAGUACAUGGAGCAUGGAUCUUUGGCACAGAAUCUGUCUUCUAAUAAGCUCGACUGGGAAAGGAGAUAUGAUAUUGCCUUGGGUACGGCCAAAGGCCUUGCUUAUUUACAUGAAGAGUGCUUAGAGUGGGUUUUGCACUGCGAUGUCAAGCCGCAAAAUAUUCUCUUAGACAGUGAUUACCAGCCAAAGGUAUCAGACUUUGGGCUAUCACAUCCACUCAAAAGAGAUAGCCAUGAAAUUUCAAGGCUGUCGAGAAUAAGAGGAACUAGAGGUUACAUUGCUCCAGAAUGGAUAUUCAAUCUACCCAUCACCUCAAAAGUUGAUGUUUAUAGCUAUGGAAUGGUGUUACUGGAGAUCGUAACUGGAAAGAGCCCAGCAGCAGAUAUAGGAGACAGAGGGCUGGUAAAAUGGGUGAGAAAAACGAUUGAUAGCUCUACUGCAAUGAUAUUUUGGAUGGAAAAGAUUGUUGAUCUUAACUUGGGAGGAAAAUAUGACAAGAACCAGAUGGAAAUUCUUAUUGGGGUAGCCCUAAAAUGUGCACAUGAAGACAAAGAUGCAAGACCCACCAUGAGACAAGUAGUUGAGAUGCUUCUACAAGAUGGAAAGGACACUAAACCUUUAACAGUGACUUAAAAUAUUCUGGUUUGGCCAAAAAAUUGUACUUACGGGAUUCUAAAGCUAAAUUGUAUUCUAAGGGAUUUGUCUAUCCUGUAGACUAAACAUCCUUCUUCAGAAUCAUUGAGACUGACCUCAUAUUGUAUGUUGUAAUUGCGGUGAUUUUCUUACAAUUACUGUUAUUAUAGCUAAUGCAUUUAAGUGACAGUUAUGUA